CACCCCACGCCAAAGUGCACUACCAAAAUUGAACUGUCCCUAGCAAACGGACCCAUCCCAGAACACGAUGAGAUCAGAGUACUGGGUCUCGUUAUUCAUAAACACCGCCGAGUCGACACAACACUGGCCAAACUGCGCAGGGUGGGGGACCAGGUGGGCCGCAUGGUCCGCCGGGUCUCCAAUAAACGCGGGGGGUUACGGUGCAAAGACGCCUUGCGGCUGGCGCACGCAUUCGUAACCAGUCGAGUCUUGUACUCAACUCCUUACCUCCACCUUCGCAAGUUUGAUGUGAACGCCCUCGAGGUGGUUCUCCGCAAAAUUUACAAGCGUGCUCUCGACCUCCCGGUCAACACGUCCAACCAGCGCCUCCUGGGCCUCGGAAUGGUCAACACCUUCACGGAGCUCCGAGAAGCACACUUGAUGAACCACUACACAAGACUCUCAAAGACGCCGUCGGGUCGCCGCCUUCUUGCCCGAUUACACAUACAACAUCCAACACUAACGGAAGAGCGCGUGCGCAUCCCCGAAAUCUGGAGAUGCGCCCUGCACGUGCGCCCUCUUCCGGCCAACAUGACACGAGACGACCAUAGUGGCCGGCGCCUCGCGCGGGCAGAAGCCUUGGCACGUCACUAUGGGAACAAACAUGGAGUAUUCUACGUGGACGCCUCCGGCCCACACCAUGGGGGUUGGUACACGGCCGCAGUCGUCCAUCAAAAGACCGCGGUGAACGGCCUUACGUUCAAAGCACAAGACAUAACACAUGCGGAAGAGGUGGCCAUCGCGCUCGCCGCCGCACAUCAGGACUCGCGGGUGAUCAUCACCGACUCGCAAGGGGCCUGCAGGAACAUCGAAAAGGGCUUUAUACCCUAUUUUGCAUACCGCAUACUUCAAAGCAGCGAUUAUCUCGGGGCCCCCGCGUCCCGCACGAUAAUAUGGACUCCCGCGCACACGGGUCUCGAGGGCAACGAAGCAGCUGACGCCGCUGCCCGCGCGCUUACUCUCCGGGCAUCGCCCUCGCCUCCCCUCGAUGCGGACUCCGAACCCAAUCCGGCUUUUACCUUUAAGGAAAUCACCCAACAUUACCAAUUCGGCCACGCAAUCUUUCCUAAGCCCUGUAAGGGCCUCACGAAGGCGGAGGAGCGUUUUCUCCUUCGCCUCUAUACUAAAACACUGCUGUGCCCGGCAGUCCUAAAACAUUUCGACCCUGCUUGCACAGGGGAGUGUCCACACUGUGGGGAAAAGUCUUCGGACAUUUUCCACAUGGUGUGGGCAUGCCAAACCACCCCGCACCUUCCCCCUAUACCCAACCCUAUCCGGGAGGACUGGGAGGCGGCCCUGCUCGGCUGCUCCGACCUGGCGAGCCAGAAGGCCCUGGUCGUGCGUGCCCAAGCCGCGGCUAUAGCCAAUGGGCUUCUGUAA